AGGACAUCCUGGGCGUGCAGGCCACCCGGCCCUGGGAGUUUUACCCCAGCAGUCCCUGCCGCACAGUGGUCUUCCCCCUGCUGACCUCCGGCUCUACCUUCUGGCUGCUCAGGCUCUGGGGAGAGCUGGGGCCGUGGCCUGGCCUGGUGAGUAGCUAUGCGCUGCUGGUGGGGCCGCGGCUCCUCCUUGCUGCCCUUUCCUUCGCUCUGGACGGGGUGGUGUACCACCUGGCCCCACUGUUGGGGGCGGAUCGCUGGAAUGCCCUGGCCCUGCUCUCUGGUUCCUACGUCACCCUGGUCUUCUACACAAGGACCUUCUCCAACACCAUUGAGGGACUCCUCUUCGCGUGGCUGCUGGUGCUGGUAUCCCCCCAUGUAAUGUGGGGCCCUACAUGCAAGGAGCCUGUGCCGGGUCCAUGGUGGCACAGCUGGCUUCUUGGAGGCAUCGUGACUGCUGGCUUCUUCAACCGGCCCACCUUUCUGGCCUUUGCUGUGGUCCCUCUCUACCUCUGGGGCACUCGUGGAGCCACAAACCCUGGCUUGAAGUCCCUGACCCGGGAGGCCCUGGUGCUGCUCCCUGGGGCGGCCCUCACAGCAGUGGUGUUUGUGGCCAUGGAUAGCUGGUAUUUCUCCAGCCCCGCUACAUCCAGGACCCUUGUCCUUACACCUGUCAACUUCUUGCACUACAACCUGAAUCCCCAAAACCUGGCGAGGCAUGGCACGCAUGUGCGGCUCACUCACCUGGCAGUCAACGGCUUCCUGCUCUUUGGGGUGCUGCAUGCCCAGGCCCUGCAGGCCGCGUGGCAACAGCUGCAAGCUGGCCUCCAGGCCUCUUUACAAAUGGGCCUCCUGAGGGCACUGGGUGCCCGGAGCCUGCUGUCCAGCCCCAGGUCCUAUCUCCUUCUCCUCUACUUCAUGCCCCUAGCCCUGCUGUCUGCCUUUAGCCACCAGGAGGCUCGGUUCCUGAUUCCCCUCCUGGUCCCCCUAGUCCUGCUUUGUAGUCCACAGACCCAACCUGUGCCUUGGAAGGGCACCGUGGUCCUCUUCAAUGCCCUCGGUGCCGCCUUCUUCGGCUGCCUGCAUCAGGGGGGCCUGGUGCCUGGCCUGGAGUACCUGGAGCAGGUGGUCCAUGCCCCUGUGCUCCCAAGCGCACCCACCCACUACACACUCCUCUUCACUCACACCUACAUGCCCCCCCGGCACCUCCUCCACCUCCCAGGCCUGGGGGCACCAGUGGAGGUGGUGGACAUGGGAGGAACUGAGGACUGGGUCCUGUGCCAAGCCCUGAAAAGCUUUACCAGACAACCAGCCUGCCAAGUGGCUGGUGGGCCAUGGCUCUGCCGCCUCUUUGUGGUGACCCCUGGCACCACCAGGGGUGCCGUGGAGAAGUGCAGCUUCCCCUUCAAGAAUGAAACACUUGUAUUUCCCCAUCUAACCCUGGAGGAUCCACCAGCCCUGUCCUCCUUGCUGAGUGGGGCUUGGAGGGACCACCUCAGUCUUCACAUCGUGGAGUUGGGGGAAGAAACCUGACAAUAUGACAGGGCACCCACCGCGCACGAUUCAGCCAUAGAAGUUGCUGCCCCACCUUCUACUUGGGUAGCCGGGCUGGGACGCUGGCACAGGGCCCAGGUUCUCCUUCACGACUCCCACUGCUGCGUCUCCUGGGCACGGCUGUCCUGCCUUCUGGGUGAGUUGGCACUCCUCUCCCUGAGACCAAAGAUCUGACCUGUCAGUCUUGAUGUCAAGGUCCCCAAAGAACCAGGUGUAAGUGAUGACACCUGUCGGUUCCUGCCCUACUGCUUCCAGCCACUGUGAUGUUUGAAACAUAUAAUAGUACCUGGUUGGGAAAAAGAAUGAACCGCCAGUGACAUUCCCCAGCGACCUCUCCCAAACUUCCCAUGAUGCCUUGCCCUUGCUGUCAUGACAGCCUCUGGCUUCCUGAGACCGAUCUGCCUAUCCAAAUAAUGUGGAAGUCAGUGUGAUGAAGUAUAGAGAACAGGUGGCCCAGAUCCAGGGGACCCAACUUCUAGCCCCUUAGUCUGUCACCCCCUCGCUGUGUGAUCUUGAGAAGGCCCCUUCCACUCUCCCACCCCACUUCCCAGUCUGUUGGGAUCAGAGGAUCUUUGAGGUGCCUGCCAGCUAACAUCGUGUCAUUCCUGGAAUCCACAGCACAUGUCCCCCGUCCUCGACAGGCACAGCUCUCACAAAGCUCUUUAAGCAUGGAAGUGGGAGUUGUGUUGUACUUCAUGGCCCUCCGAAGCCUGCUGUCUCAGUGUUUGGUUAUUGUGCAAACAAGUAAUGUUUGAAAUAUAUAAUUGCACCUGGAGAUUUUCUGCCUA